AGUGCAGCAGACUACAGGAGCUUUAUAGACUACAGUGAGGAUUCAGCAGCAGCAGCACCAGCAGCAUUUAAGUCUGAUCGUCCGACCAUGAUUCUGCAUUCUCCUGCACUAACCGUAUGCGCCCUGGUGGUGUUUUUGUCAUGUAUGAUCGGACUGACUGCUGCAUCAACGGGCUACCAGAAACCAAGCUUCCUAGAUUUUGAUUCCUGGUGGUAUCACACACCCCGCGGCCCUCAGAUAUUCUCCUGCAUCACCUACUUGGAGAGGAAUGUACGUGUGGAUUGUGAGUUUCCAAACAGCAACAAGAUUCCUGGGCCGUUCUGCGAGUUCAAACAGGAUGGACGCCUGAUGGGAACCACGAAUCCCAACAACCCAGUGCACCUCAUCCCGCCCAUAGAGACCAGACGUCGUUCCAACGUUUCACUGGUGCCUAACAACAUAUGCCGCCUCACCUGGAUGCCGAUGUCAGAUGACCGAGCAUACACGUAUACCUGCAGGGUAUAUCAGGGAAGCACCUGGAAAGAGACUAGCAUGGCCUUUUCUCAAAGAAAUCUUCUAAUCUGCUCUGCUAUGAAUACAGAAGCUCAUGCUGCAUUCUGGAUUAUUUCCAUUGCCAUCUCAAUUCCUGUCUCUCUGGGGCUUCUGCCAGCAUGAUCCGCAGUGAUCAACAUACAAAUACUCGAGCAAUGGCGUCCAUAUGGUUCUUAUGAUUAUCAGAUUCAAAUGAUUCAAACUUUUUUUUUAACUCCACAUUAUAUGUAUUGGGCUUCAUUUAUCAAAAGUUUAUCACAAUUGUUUAUAAAUCAUUUUGAAGGCCUAACUGAAGUAAAACUUGGUAAAAGUACACGGCUGAACACAGCUGUUUUACAUUUAGUAAACCACUGAUAAAGGGUUUAAAAACACACUGAAAUUCUGUAAAGCAGCUCAGCCAAUGCAGCGAGUGGGUGACCACAGACACACUAACCUUUCCUCCUGUUAUAGAGUCCCUUUCUUUUAUCAUAAUUGAAUAGUUAUAAAAGAGUUAUACUAUCCUCAAUUAUACAAUUUCAGUUUUCAUUCAGGAUCAUGAUGGAUGGAUCCCUGUCCUGGGAACACUGAGUAUGAGGUGGGAACAAACGCACUUCUCAGAUAGCUAGCCUUAUUAGUCAAAAUGUAGAAACUUAUUUUGAAUAAGCUUUUUUCUGGUCAUUGUAAAAUAACAUGUUUCACAAAAUGUUUAUUUAUUCAACCUGACAAUGUAAUCUGGAUAUAAGAUCGCAGUAACUCAUCACCAAUUACACAAAUUGAAGUUGACUAGUCAAGGCUCAUAUUAGUGAGUAUACUUUAAAUUUUAGUAACAUUUGGGAGCUUUUAGCUUUUUUGGAUGAAUUUUGAUUGAUAAAUGAUGCCCAGUAUAUGGACAUUAAUUAUGUUUUGCUUUUCCUUUAUAGUUAAAUCUACAGCAAGAAUUUAUUUCAAUUUAUAUCUUACAUUGUAAAUCCAAAGAACUACCAUAUGGUACUUUUUCUGCACUUACAAUACAAUACAGUCCUCUCAUGAUUUUAUUUUUCAGAUAUCUACAUGGAGCUAUACUUUUACUUUUUGAUAUAUAAUAUUAAAUAAGAAACAGCAGAGUGAGGUCAUAUUAAAGGCUAAUCUUAGCUAAUGUUGGUACUGAUGCUUGGCUUUCAUUUACGGCAAAAUGUAUUGUAAUGCGUCUUGAUGCUAUUCAUGUUAAAGCAAGCUAAAUUGUCUUCCAGUUUUUGCCACAGUCCUUAAUGUAGAGGAUAUAACACUCAAUAGAACAGCACUCUCACCACUUAGCAAAAAUACUAUUAUUUAUCUUAACUGUCAUUUAUAUAUAUAUAUAUAUAUAUAUAUAUAUAUAUAUAUAUAUAUAUAUAUAUAUAUAUAUAUAUAUAUAUAGAAAAUACAACGUGCAAUGAAUUAAUAACAUAUAAUUACAGUAAUGUCUUCCACUAUUCCACCAUUGACCUGCUUUUGUAUUCAAAUGCAUUUUUGCACAUGCUUUUUUUGGCACUUUAAGGUCACUACAGAUGUUGUUUAAUUUUCUUUGCAGGUACGUAGUAUUAUGAGGAUCUUGCUCUUUGAGUGAGCUUUACAUAGAAAUAGAAGUAAAUGCAAGACAAGAUGUGCUAGAACUCAAGUUCACAGAAUCUAUUUAUCUAAAUAAUGGUAGUAGUAUGAUGUUGUGACUUAAAAUUGCCUGGGAUUUUCUGCAUGCCCUCAGUGUCUCAGGUUACUUCUGAGGUUAAACAGAACUAGGGAUGCUUUGAAAAAAAAUGUUUUAUGUGCAAUGAUUAUACCAUAUAAUGUUCUGUUGCUUUUAGAUCUUUUGCACUAAGUCUCGUGUCUGCCUACAAACAAACUCCAGUCGGCCUGUUUGUGUAGAUAUUUUCUGUUGCACUUUUCCUUCCCCUUAUCACCUGCCCAGUGUCUAUGUAUUGGAAUGUAGUGAGAAAUAAAGGAACGUAAACUCUG